UCCUGAGCACGCAUACCGUGUUUUGGUACUGGUAGCAAUAUGUCUGGUCGGGGCAAAGGCGGUAAAGGACUCGGAAAAGGAGGUGCUAAACGCCACAGGAAGGUACUUCGUGAUAACAUUCAAGGUAUUACUAAACCGGCUAUUCGUCGUUUGGCUCGUCGUGGUGGUGUCAAGCGUAUUUCUGGGUUGAUCUAUGAAGAGACCCGUGGUGUGCUCAAAGUUUUUCUCGAAAACGUGAUCCGUGAUGCUGUUACUUACACCGAGCAUGCGAAGCGGAAGACUGUGACAGCCAUGGAUGUGGUUUACGCUUUAAAACGGCAGGGUCGCACUUUAUACGGAUUCGGGGGUUAAGCCUUUUUUUGACUUAAGUUUAAAACCAAAUAGCAAGAAACACAAAGGCUCUUUUAAGAGCCACC